CUACGACACACUCGACUUUAUGAUUUUCAUGUCAACAAAGGCGCCAAAAUGGUUGAAUUUGCUGGCUGGAACAUGCCUGUCGUGUACAACAACAUGACCAUCAGUGAAUCACAUCUCUAUACAAGGUUAGAGAAGGCCUCAAUGUUUGAUGUGUCACACAUGCUUCAGACAAAAGUAUCAGGCAAAGACAGGAUUGAAUUUUUUGAGAGCCUCAUCGUGGGGGACCUUCAGGGACUUGCCACGGACCACUCACUUCUUACCCUCUUCACGAACGAUGAGGGGGGUAUCAUUGAUGACCUGGUGGUCACUAAAACCUCUCAAGAUUACUUGUAUGUGGUGUCCAACGCUGGCUGUUCUGAAAAAGAUCACAAACAUCUUGAGGAAGAAUGUGCAAAGUUUGCAGCCAAAGGAAAAGAAGUCAAAGUGGAAACUAUUGAGAAUAGUCUUGUUGCUGUUCAAGGCCCCCAAGCGGCAGUCACUUUGCAACCACACGUGAACUCUGACCUUUCGACCUUGUCCUUCAUGUCCAGUCGUCUCGUGACAUUGUUCGAUGUGCCCAAUGUCAGACUUACAAGGUGCGGCUACACUGGAGAGGAUGGUUUUGAGAUCAGCCUGCCAAUGGACAUGACGGUGUACGUGUGUGAGCAACUGCUCGAGAUCAACAACGAGAUCAUCAAACUUGCGGGCCUGGGUGCCAGGGACACCCUUCGCCUCGAGGCAGGCCUCUGCCUCUACGGCAACGACAUCGACGAGAAGACCACCCCAGUCGAAGCGGGGCUCGCUUGGACCAUCGGCAAACGCAGACGAGAGUUGGCGGACUUCCCUGGGGCACCGUUGAUUUUGAAGCAGUUGAAGGACAAGCCACACAGAAAGAGGGUGGGGAUUAUUUCCCAUGAGGCACCAAUCAGAGCCGACAACUUGGUGUAUGAUGGAUCCGGUACAUCCCUGGUAGGCAAGCUGACCAGUGGCUGUCCAUCUCCAUCUCUGAAGAAGAACAUCGCAGUGGGGUACGUGGACAUCGGGUCAUCCGAGAUCGGCACUGAGGUCAAAGUUGAAGUUCGCAAGCAUCAGGUUGAAGCUGUCAUCGCUAAGAUGCCUUUUAUUCCGACAAAUUAUUACCAUGCUCCUAAAAAAUGA